AUGCCAUCAAAUCUAGCUCUCUAUUGUUUCCUAUCAAUUCUGAUUCUGAUUCUCCCAAGGUUUUCCGAAUCUCAAGUUCGAAAAAUUGAUCCACAAAGUCCGCCGCCAAUUCAUAUUCAACAACAUCGCUACGAUUUUCCGCAAAAUCGAUGUUUUAGUUGUAUGUCGAAAAUGUAUGAGAUGUAUUUUGACAAGGUUUUGAGCAGGUUGGUCUGGAAUUUUUGGCUGAAGUUCUUUGAGUUGAAAAUUCACCUGUUAUUUUCUAGCUACCUCUACCGACCCCUAAACUUCACUUCUGCUUGUGAUGAAAAUCCAGACACUUCCAAACUUCAACUCGUCAAAUGCAGAUCAAUUUGUUUAACGAUAGUUGAGGAAUUUCAUAUGCUAGGUAAUCGGUACAUUUUUAGCUGAUUCGAGAAACUCUGAAAAUAUUUAGGUAAACCCACUGGUGAUCGAUUAUUUAUGAGAGGUUGCGCAUUGACAAUGACGAAAAGAGGAAUCUCGAAUAAGACGAUGGCAUUUUUUGAUAGAUAUGAUCGAUGCAGGUGAGUCUAGAAGUUAGCCUAAGUCAAGGCAGCUUCAAAUUUUUGAAAACAUAUUCGAGUAGAUCAAAAAUAUUUUGUUGAGAAUUUAGGCGCUGCAAAAGCGGAGCAUCGUUGUACCUGAAAUCAAUUUUGUCCACCCACAAACCAUCUAUUUUUUCCAGAAACGUCUCCGCCAAUGAAAUGUUUCCCCACGCCGAUCUUCAAAUGUCACCACUUCGAGUCUGCAGUUGUUUAGGUGAUCGUUGUAAUGGAGCUGCUCACAAUUUCCAUAAACUCACCAAUUAUUUGUCCUAUUCAAUACCAUUUCUUUUUGCUUUUCUUGAAGUUUUGGUGUUUUGA